AGAGAACCGAUCCGUAUUCUCGUCAAGAAGGAAGAGCUCACUCUCGAGGGAAUCAAACAGUUCUUCGUUCUGAUAGAUCGCGAGGAAUGGAAAUUCGAUACGUUAUGCGAUUUGUAUGAAACGCUUACUAUAACACAAGCCGUCAUAUUCUGCAAUACGCGUAGGAAAGUGGACUGGCUCACCGAGAAAAUGCAACAACGCGACUUCACUGUUUCACACAUGCACGGAGAUAUGGAGCAAAAGCAACGCGAAGUAAUUAUGCGUGAAUUCCGUUCGGGUUCGAGUCGUGUGUUGAUCACUACCGAUCUGCUCGCCCGAGGCAUUGACGUACAACAGGUCUCUCUCGUUAUUAAUUAUGAUUUGCCCACAAAUCGGGAGAAUUAUAUCCAUAGAAUUGGAAGAGGAGGUCGUUUCGGCCGCAAAGGCGCUGCCAUUAACUUCGUGACGGCAGAGGACAAGCGGGCGCUUCACGACAUCGAGCAGUUCUACAACACACAGAUAGAGGAGAUGCCGCUCAAUGUCGCGGAUCUAAUCUAA